AUGAGUAAGAAACGUAAGAUAUCAUCAAGUGAAAACGAUGAACCAGAAGAAGAAGAAGAAGAAGAAGAAGAACAGCCAACAUCUUCAAUUGAUCAAUCUGAAGCAAAUGAUAAAAUUGUUCGUAUUUCAGAAACUAAAAAGAAACCAAUACCUGGUGUUAUUUAUCUUAGUCGUAUUCCAAAUAAAAUGAAUGUUACAAUUAUUCGAUCAUAUUUUGAUCAAUAUGGUCAAACUGGACGAAUCUAUUUACAAUUAUCAAAAAAUGAAGGUAAACAUAAACGUGAACGUGGACCAAAAUAUACUGAAGGUUGGAUUGAAUUUAAAUCUAAACGUGAUGCUAAACUUAUAGCUAAACAACUUAAUAAUCAACAAGUUGGUGGACGAAGACGAACACCAUGGUAUGAUGAUAUCUGGAAUAUAAAAUAUCUAUCAAAAUUUCGUUGGACUCAUCUUCAUGAACGAUUUCAAUAUGAAAAUGAAGUACGAAAAAAACGAUUACGACAAGAAGUACUUCAAGCUAAACGUGAAGCAAAUUUGUACAUUGAAAAUGUUGAAAAAGGUCAUAAAUUACGUAAACUUGAAAAAAAAAUGAAAACAUCAUCAGAAGAUUUAAAUAUACGUGAAUGGCAUUAUGAUCAACAAGAUCCAUAUGAAGCUGCUAAACAACGUAAAAUUAAAAAGAAAGACCAGCAACAACAACAAUCAACUGGACUUACUGAAAAUUUGUUAAAACAAAUUUUUCCAUCUUAA